CAGGCUGAUGACUCAUUAGCGGUGCUUUCCCCCGGUCGCCUUUUGGAUUGGAUUUCUCAAUAGUCAAAAUCCGCAAUUACAGAUUCACAAGUAGGCAAGUCGGGAUCAUCCGUCGUAGCGAGUCCGAUCGUUGAUCUGUGUGGUAAGGAAGGGUUCUGCGGUAGUGAUGGCCUUGACCAACUUCAUCCUAACAGUGGCGGGUGUGAGCGCCGUUGUUCUACUUCUCAGGAGCGAUGUCAAACACUCCGCUACAAUCUUCAGACGCAACGUUCGUCAGAUUCGCCAAUGGCUUGAAGAAGAAUCCGCUUCUGCUACCAAGUCUGCAGAGAAAGCAAAGCCAAAGGAACUGGAUCCUCAAGUUCCUCAAAAAGAUGCCCCCAAGGAGGACAAGCACUAGUUUCUUGAGGGCGAAGAAAUGAAUAAUAGGAAGAAAGAAAGCUUACGGUAUUGAAUCUCCAACAUCAACACUUCGCGUUUGUCUAUUGGUCAACCCUUCAAACUUUUUGUCCUUGACUUUUAUUUGGGUACGGGGAUUUGGAAACCACUGUUGUAUUGAGCCCAAAAGUACUAAUAAUUAAUUGUAACUUAUUAAUGGAUAGAAGAUGUUCUUCCAAUUAAAUCUUCAACUCUGUUCGAGUUUUUUA